AUGUUACUGGUUUCUGUCAUACCUGUGGUCAUACUUACCAAAUUUUGUUUCAGGCUUCACUUGCCAGUUGGCUACCAUGGUCGUGCUUCAUCAGUCGUUAUCUCGGGUACACCUGUCAGGAGACCUGUAGGACAGUCGAGGAUGGUUGAUGGUAAGUCUGGUCUCUAUGGAAGUACUUUUUCAGCUGCCAGCUGUACAAAGGCAAGUUGAAUGAGAAAUGACAGACAACAUACAAACAAAUGUUGGUAGAUGAAUAAACCAAAACAAAUCAGACUGAUUGAUGAACAGACUGACAGUAUACAAUUCAAUUUUUGUACCAUCAGUAGAAGUAAAUUUGAAGUAAACUUUUCUUUCAGACAAACCUCCAGUAUUUGGUGCGUGUAAAAUUUUGGACUUUGAGUUAGAAAUGGUGAGUUUUUAAAAAAAAUAAUAAAGGUCAAUCUUGUCAAUAUUGAAAAGUUGAUCGAAAAAUUAUCAAUAGUUAAAUAUUGACCAGGGGCCGGUUGUACGAAGGUCAGAUAGCGCUAUCCACCGGAUAGUGAUUUUUUUAACCUUUGUAAAAUGCUUGAAAAACUGUGAAACUACGUAUAUAGACGACACAAGAAGUAUAAAAAACAUUUAACUUGUAAAUACUAAACUGUAAUACGAGUUAUACCAUCAAAGACUGAUUUAAGAAAGCUUGAAAAAAUUCAUUAUUAUUUAUAGGCUUUCUUUGUUGGACCUGGAAACAAUCAAGGAGAACCUAUCCCUGUACAAAAGGUAAUACAUGUGGAUUAAACAACUAUUAUUUAGUUUUAACCUUCGGCUUCGCUAGCAACCUAGCACAAGUUAGCACAAUUAUAAAUUUAUUGUUAUAGUUCAGCUUAGCCUGCUCGCAGCCGUUGUUAUUCUUACGCAAAACGGUUCGUCUAAAACUUAAAUUAUUUCAUGAAUUCAUUCUAGGCUCAUGAACACAUUUUUGGAAUGGUUAUUAUGAAUGAUUGGAGUGGUAAGAUGAUUUAGAUGAACAGUUCUUUCAGCAUUUAAACUACAGCUCACUUAAACACCAUUGUUUGGCACAAAUGAUAAAUUGAAACAGUCGAGAUAAAUUGUUUGGUUAUUCUUGUGUGAAACUUUUGAAUGUUUUAAUGAGCUGAAUGAGCCCAGUUAAUCCGGCAUACGGCUAGUUAAAUAUGAUUGGACGAUCAGAUUAGACAGUUUGAAAGUUUCACGUAUGAGCACAACCUCGUUCCCAGGGUCUUUCCUCUUGUGGAGGAAAGAGCCUGGGAACGAGGUUGGUAUGAGCAGGGUUCGUAUAAAACUUGAAAAUCCUUGAAUGUCCUUCAAUUUGGAAACAAAAAUUCAAGGCCCUGAAAGUCCUUGAGUUUAUAAAGAAGUUCUUGAAAGUCCUUAAAUUGUUCUUGCUUUAGUGGAUAUUUUCUGAAAUUGUUUGGCAUUAGGAAUUGGACAUUUUGAAAUUGAUUUUGUUCAUGUCUUACAAAGGCCAAAGCUGUUUGAAAUUCAUUAAAGUUGCCGUUUUAACAAAUAUUAUUUUCAUUCACAUUUAGUCUGACAGCUUCUGAUAGCUUUAAUACACCCUUCCGGAAAGUAUAGAGCCUCGCUUUCGGUUAUAGAGCCUCGCUUUCGUGAUUGAGACGUUAGGCUUUAAUGUCACACACAAAAAACCGCGUCACAUAGACACCGGCAUACACGAAAUGGCGUACUUUCUGGAAGUGUGUAUUACCCAGGGCUUUCCUUUAUCUCAAUAACUCAAUUCUAAGAUGAAAUUUUAUUCAUGUUAAUUGACCAUUUGCGUAAUAGACUAAAUUUUGAUCUCAACAAAAAUUUCAUCAGAGCUUGAAACAGCAUCACAAAAUUAGUAAUAUUCCAAAGUUUCGUUGCGAAAUGUUGUAAAAUGCGGAAAAUAUAGCCUUGCGAAGUUUGCAAUUUUCAGUCAUUUUAGAUUACAAACGGGAAAUUGACAGCCCCAAACCCUUUGAGGCUGUCAAUUUCCCGUUUGUAAUCUAAAAUGACUGAAAAUUGCAAACUUCGCAAGGCUAUAUUUUCCGCAUUUUACAACAUUUCGCAACGAAACUUUGUUUGAAUUUAAAUUGUGUGAUGCUCCUUCAAGCUGUGAUGAAAUUUUUGUCUAGACUUGUUUAGAUCAAAAUUUAGUCUAUUACGCAAAUGGUCAAUUGAAAUGUUUUAUCUUUAUUAGCGAGAGACAUUCAGAAAUGGGAGUAUGUUCCUCUUGGUCCUUUCUUGGCCAAAAGUUUCUGUACAACAAUUUCACCCUGGGUUGUCACAAUGGAGGCUUUGCAGCCAUUCAUGCUUGCUAAUCCUGCCCAGGUAUGCUACGAGUUAGAUCAAGAAGCACAAUUGCAUAUACAAACAAACGACGCCAACAUUUGAUUUUUUCUGUGUUGGUGUUGUGUACUCAGGUGAAUAUGAUGUUUUUGAUGUUUCUCUGAGUGGGCUAGUAAUAGUAUUCCAAAGGUCGUAGGUUCGAUUCCCACCGUGGCCAGGCAUAUUUUUCAAGCUUGUCCGGUGUGGAUAUACACUAAAAGUAACAUCAAAAGACUAUCAGUACAAUCAUGUUUCAUGUGAACACAUCUCAGACUUACACAUAAUUAUACCGACUAAAUGAAAAACUUUUUUUUGGAACAUACCCGCGUUUUAUUCUUUUGGAUGAAACGCGGAUAUGACUAUUAAAGCCGCCAUCCGUCCGUCCGUAUCCGCGUUUUAUCCUAACCCGAUACGUAAGUACGCGAAUUAUCGUACCCUGACUGUGUAAGAAAAUUUCCCGCAAACUUAGUUUCCUGCAAAGAUAAUUUCCUAUUCCUGGCAGGGAUGCUGCUAGCGCUGCUGGACAUUUCCCAACACUGAUUAUGUGAUGCCCAUUACCCAGGACCUCCAGGAAGAACAAUUUAGAACUGAUACAAAGUGGGGAUGACGCUAUUAAGACUAUAGUCAUCUAGGCAAACAUUUUUAAUGACCAUUCAAACGAUCCUAACAAUGUUGGCCAGUGUUUCUUUCGGAAGUGUUUUAAAAGCACGGAUUAUCAGAUUUAUUCCAAUUUUCAAUUUGAAUAAAUCGGAUUAUCGUAUCCAAACAAAUUGAAUAAUAAGCAGUUUAAAAUAAACCACUUUUAACAUUGUUGCAUGAUUUGGGCCAACUUUUAUCCUGUAUAAUGGACUUAGUAUAAUACGAUUUAAAUUGUUGACAGGACCCACAACCGCUGCCAUAUCUACGACAUUCGGACCCAUACUCGCUGAAUGUGGACUUGGAAGUCGCUAUCAAAGGUAAAAGGCGAAAAAUUGAAAGAAACCUGAACAAAAUUAACCGCAAUUCAAUUCUAAAUGUGUACAGUAUAGUUCUUGGUAAUUGCCUAAUUGGCAGGGUUUGAGCAAGCUUCGCGGAGCAGUAGGGGGCGGUGAACAUCAAGAAAUGUACACACUUGCAGCGGCAAGCCAAUUAUACUAAAUAUAAGAUCAGCUUGGAAAUACAAGAUUAACACACAUAUUACUUAAACUCAUUAAGAAUUCAUGACAAAAUACAAACGACCCACAAAGCAAGCUAGCUCGUACAUGUUGGGCAUUAGGUGGGCAAUUUGCGAAUGCUCGCGUGGGCUCAAGGCAGGGGCGGAUCUACCGUGGGUGUGCAGGGGGGGGGGUGCGCAACCCACCUAGUGGUGUCCAGCAAUCCCCCUAGAGAAGUCCAGCACUUCCCUAAAAAAGUCUACUUGACCAUACAUUUUCUGCUUUUCGAAAGCGAUUAGCGGAACUUCCACUUGCUAUACAGCCAUAUUUUCAAACAUACUGUUCUUUAUUUUUUUAAUUUUUUCAAAUGUACUGUGCUACAGCAACUGUCCAGUCAUGCAUACGUGAUAAAAAGCCUAUAUAAACAAGAGAUAAUGUAAAACGUAACAGAACAGCGAACGUGCAGAUUCGGCCGUCUCAAAUAAUGGUAAUGUUGGAAUAGUAGUGUUGUAGACUGCAGAGGAGAGUGGGCAGUAAGGCACUCCUAUGCACCUCGUGGAAAACCUGCACCCCUUCUUGCAGAUGAGACUACAUCCGUCCCUGGAGCAAGGGAAGAAUCUGCGCGCGCGUUCACCAAUUACCCGAAAUGCCUUAAAUUUUCAAGUCAUACAGCCCGCGUGUUAAACUGUGAUCUUUCGGUAGAUCGUUGACUAACUUUUUCACAUAAGUGUCACGAGUCCGCAGCGGGAAUAGAACCCACGAUCUCAGAGGAGAAAGGCGAUUUGACGAUUGUGCCACAAAGAUUCCAGCUGCACCUGAUAACUACCUUACUAGUGAUACCUGUCUAGCUUAGUGAAAACUAAAUGAGCAUACAUCAUUUCUCAAGGGGAAGGAAUGGAUAAGCCUGGAGUAGUGUGCAAGUCGAACAUGAGGAAUCUAUACUGGACAGCUAAACAACAGCUAGCUCACCAUACUGUGACAGGAUGCAAUGCCAGACCAGGCGACCUCAUGGCUUCGGGCACCAUUAGCGGACCU